AUGAAUCACGCUAAUAUGAUCGAGGAUAAGUACCUCAAGAAAGGUUUUAUCAUUGCCACCGUGUGCUCCACCAUAAUCGGUACCUUCACCUCGUCUAUUGGCCUCUGGGACAAGGUCAAAGAGAGGAGGAAGCAGAAUAUCCGUGACUCAACGCAAGAUGAGGAGAUCAAGAAGCUGAGAGAGAGAAUCGAGGAGUCAGAGAAACAAGUUCGAGAGAGGGAGCUGAAGGGGUCAAAGGAAUCCAGGCGCAAUUCCCGAGACGAAGUUUCCGACUCGUUUGAGCGGUCCAGCGCGCUCAUCAACCGCGAGUUUCAAAUUGGCUAUGACCAGCUGGGCAGAAGGUUCGCCAUCGGAGACAUGGCCACCGAGAACAAGCUCCAGGCACAAGUCAUCACUCUUCAGCAAACUGUCAUCAACGUCCUGCAGGAUGCUCUAGAGUCUGGCCGCAAACUGAAUCGCGCCGACAAGGCAAAGCUCAUCGCUGCGUCUGACGCUGCGCGGGAGGGUUCUCUAGAUGCCCUCCGUCAACAACGUCAGCGGCUGGCCCUGGCGGCUCCUGAAGAGAUGCCCCGCCAGCUGCAACUGACCCAAGGUCCUCCGAGCCGUUCCUCCAACUCUUCUGUCAAGUCUCCAGUCCAGUCUUCUAUUAGGUCUCCUGUCCAGCCUUCUAUUAGGUCUCCUGUCCAGCCCUCUGUCAGGUCUCCUGCCCAGCCUUCUGUCAGGUCUCCUGUCCAGCCUUUUGUUGGGUCUCCUGCCCAGCCUUCUGUUAGGUCUCCUGUGUCAUCUUCAAGGAGGUCUUCUGUCGCGUCUUCCGUUAGGUCCGUUGCCCCGUCUUCUGUCAAGCCUUCUGUUGUUGAGUCCGAUCCCCUAUACUGCUGGUAUAGCCUCGACUUGCAAUAUUCUCAACACAAGCCUCUUGCGAUCAACUUCGCUCCCCGCAAUGACUGUCGAUGUCCCGACUGUGGUGUUCGGGUCGAUGUGGAAUCUGACGACCGCUGGGUCAUUGAGAAACGCACGUCCCCGCCACCAUCACCAGACGGAUAUAGGGAGAGACGUCAAGGGCGUAUUGAAUUUGUCGCCAACGCACGCUUCGUCAUCAAGUGCCACACUCACCACGGGGACUUUGCCUGCGUUCUCUGCAGGAAACAUCGUGAGAGCGACAUGCUAUGCCCCACGGCCGAUACGCUCAUCGACCAUGUGAGCAAGGAACACAGUAUCAGUGAACUCAUGAAAGAGCCGGACAUUGAAGCAGUAUGA